AUGGUUACGGCAGCGAGUAUGAGUAUGAGUGCGGGUGAGUGGGCCUGGCGGCCGGUCAGCGGCGUUCUAGCCGCCAUCGUGUGUGUGUUGGUGUUGGUGGUUUUGCUCAUUCGCAGGCGUCGCUAUGUCGCCUUCUACGAGAAUAUUCCCGGUCCCAAAGGAUACCCCGUCAUAGGAAAUGUCCUCCAACUUCUCGGGCCUCAGACAGAGCUAUUCAAGAUGUACAUGAAAUAUUUCAAGGAUUUCGGUGACGUUUACGUGCUGUGGGUCGGCACUUCACCCUUCGUAUUUAUCGGCUCGGCUGAAGCUGCACAGCCUUUGUUAAGUUCAUCGGCUUGCAUUGAGAAGAGUGCUGAGUAUCAACUGCUGGAGAAGUGGCUGGGAACAGGACUCGUCACCAGUAAAGGCGAGAAGUGGCAUCAGCGGCGAAAACUGCUCACUCCAUCGUUUCACUUUAAACUACUGGAGUCGUUCAUUCAACCGGCAAGUUCAUGCAGUGAUGUGCUCGUGCAACUGCUUAGAAAAGAGGUGGACAAAGAGGAAUUUGACGUCACUGAGUACAUUAAGCUCGUUGCCGUUGACAUCAUCGCAGAGACGGCCAUGGGGUAUCACCUGAAUGCUCAGCUCAACGCACGCUGUGACUUCAUUAAAGCUAUCAAUACAUUGUCCGCCAUCAGUCAAAAAAGAUUCAUGACGCCAUGGCUAAAAGUUGACUCAAUAUACAACCUUACAUCAUAUGCCAAACAAGAAGAUGAAGCAUGUAAUGUGGUCCACCAGCUGCGAGACACGAUCGUGAAAGGAAGAAGAGAAACAAGAGAAUCAUCGAAACAAGAGUCAAAUCCGAAGGAGCAGGGUAAAAUCCGACUUUCCCUUCUUGAUUUCAUGAUGGAAAAUAACAUGUCCGACGAAGAUAUCGGCGAAGAGGUUGAUACUUUCAUGUUUGCGGGACAUGAUACAGUCGCAACGGUCGUUAGCUGGUCCCUCUUUGUUUUAGCGCAGCAUAAAACUGUUCAGGAGAAAAUCCUGGAAGAAUUCGCGGCAGUAUCAGCAUCUACGGAAAACCCAUUCUCAGUGAGCAGCAUAAACAAGCUAGAAUACUUAGAUCGUUGUGUGAAGGAAGUCAUGAGAUUGUAUACGCCGGUCCCUCUCAUUGCAAGAACAGCAAAUGUGCCUCUCAAAAUCAAUGAUUACUAUCUACCCGAGGGAACUCGUAUUUUGACGAUUCUCCAUGCAAUCCACAUGGAUCCGAAGCAUCACGCUGACCCCACCUCAUUCAACCCAGACCGCUUCUUGUCCGAAAACACCGCAGACAAACAUCCGUUUUCUUACGUUCCGUUCAGCGCAGGAUCGCGAAAUUGUAUCGGUCAAAAGUACGCUAUGCUGGUCGUCAAGAUAAUCCUGAUCAAAAUACUUGAAGCGUACGAGCUUUCAACGACCAUGCGAUCGACGGACCUCAAAAUGUACGCAGAACUGGUUCUCAUAAACGAGGGUGGCAUCAAAAUUUCCCUCGAGGAAAGGAAACACUCGGCCAACGCCUGAUUCCUUCCAUACGGAACGACUGCUAUACCUCUCGAUGGUCUCUCUUCGACUGUCAUUCUACGGUGACUUUAAGCAUCUCGAUGCGUUUAUCUGUGAUGUUACGAUCGGACGGAUCGUUUUAGUAUUAAGUUAGUUUUAGUAUUAAAUCUUAAUAAGAGACUCAGGUCUUUUUGCUGCGCAAGUCUCCGUCUUCCAAAUCGGAAGACGAAAACGAAGAGGGGAAAGAGGAACGCCGAAGGAGAAGAGAUGGAAAUUAUUCUUUCUAUUUCACAUUUUCCUACUUUUCUCCUACCUCUUCUUCCGUUUCUUCUUUUUUAUUUGUUCCUACUCCUUCUUCUGCCUCUCCUUUUUCCCCUCUUCUGCCUCUCUUCACCUCCUAUUCAUCUUCAUCAUCCUCUUCUCACUGCUUUUCCUCCUCUUGUUAUUAUUAUUUCUACUAUUCGUCUUUUUCUUUUUUUUCUUCCUCUUCUUCUCCUCCUCAUUCUCUCUCUCCUUAUCUCCUUUUACUCUUUUUCCUCUUCCUCUUCUUUUCCCUCAACUUAAAUUCCUUCCCAUUUAUAAUGCAUUCUCAUCUGAAAUAUACUUCAGGAGUUUUACGACCUGAAUCCAUCAAACUAGAGUUAAAUCAGGUAUGUUGUUUAAAAACUUCCUCAAAGUAAAUGUUUCACAUGUUAACAUUUCAAAAAUGUAAAGGAGGGGCUCUUCGCGACCAUACCCACCAGUCAUCAUGUCUUCUCAGGUCCCUCUAAAAGCACCGAGCACAAGCAGCAGAACAAAUGGAUUGCAUUUUGUAAUUAGGAACUAUAAAGUCCGGUCCGGUUUAAAAACAACGUAUGUGCCAUUAGUUUCCCUUCGCACAUGAGUGUUUUUCCAGAAGAGCCAGAAUUUAUAGUUCCAAAUUGCAAAAUGCAGUCCAAAUUGUAUUACCUGUCACACUUUCACCCUAAAGACAAGUCCUUAAUCCCAUGAACUUUCUCGCAUAAUGAGAUAUAGGUACACAGAAAAAAGAGGUAGGUAGGGGUAAUCACCUAAAAUUGUGGUACUAACCCAUUUUAUUGAAUAAUGUAGGUGUUCACAAUUAAUUGUGGUAGUACCACAACUCAAUUUGGGGAUAGUACCGAAACAGUGGGUUAGUAACCUAAUUAAUUGGGGCACUAUACCACAAUUAAUUUUAAGCUCCCUAAUCACGUUGGGUCUUGAGCCCUACCUCUAUUAUUCCGUGUAUAUAGCUUUGACGUUUUUGUAAAUAUGUAUAUGCCUCUAGAGUAACUUGAAGCUGAUAAAAUACCAUCUAAAUUGGCAAAAAAAAAGUCCUUGAUUCCGACGAUGCAUUUAGCCUUACGCUGCAAUAGUUAUACGGUGACGGUCGCUCUAAAUAAUUCAGCUUCUGUUAUCUUAGUGGGAGACGCUCUUAAUCGUCAAACAUAUUCGCUGUUAAUGAAAUUUGUAAAGAUCAGAGAUUCCUACCUUUAAAGCGAAAGCUAUUUUAAUUGUUUUUCAAUAAAAUGUUCACGUGUAAAAAUUUUAAAUUGUUUGAGUCAGAUUUAACCCACCGCUAGAAUAUCCAAAUUGUACGAAUACUAUUGAAACAUCACAUUUUACCGUUUGUCUAUACUGUGAUCUUUAUAAUUUUCAUUUUGAUAAACUAGAUAUACAUAUUUAUUUGAUUGGUGCCUUUGUAUACUUAUAUGUAUGUAUGUACGUGUUUAAUUUGUAAUCAAAACUAAUUUUAGAAUUACGAUGUAUUCAAUCACUUUGACAGCUAGUAGCUGAACAAGUGAAAACGUUCACAUUAUUAUUUUUUUGCGUAUGACGCUUCCAAGUGUCCUCUGUAAAAUUACUCCUCUCCGGGCUCAUAAGUGUAUACCUAGAAGCCGCAGUUCUGGCGAUUAAAAUAAUCGUCGACAUGAUGUUAGGUCAAUAAAAAUUUUAUAGUGCUCUUGACAAAUUACGCUUCCUCUAUAGCUUUGGCAUCCUUCAGGAUAAAUAGCCCAAUCUUUUUGUCUUUUUUUUUAAGAAACAAAUACGUGUCAUAAUCGCCAUAAAUCCCACAUUCGAUUUUGCAAUCUUGUAAGCAGUUUGUACUUGUACCAUCACUUUCAAUUGUGCUAUGGAACUUUUUUCUCGUAAUAACCCUCCUUCCCCUAAAAUUAUAAACUUAUUAUAAUUGUAUGUACCUACAUACCGUAGCAAAUACUUUUUCGUAACAGGCAAAUCUACUUGUGGCAAGAAUUGAUCACAGUAGUGUGGGCAGAAAUUGUUUUGCAAGCGAUUGAUGCGACUUGUGAAACUUGCAACGUGUCAUUUUUCUCAGCGGUUUCUUCAUCAUAAUCAGGCAACAGAUGCCCAUACUACUUGAAUAAAACAUGUAUGUCCAAUUUCAAAAUAUAAUACAAAUAAAUAAAAUCUGGACGUUA